AUUUUUUUUCUAUCAGUAUAAUUUAUUCUUUUAGAGAAAAAUCAGUUUUAUUUUUUUGACAGGAUGAGCGUGCUAGUUCAAUAUGUGAUAGUAAGAGGAGAUCUUCUGAAGACAAUGAAUUGGCCCGUUGGCGCAGUUAUAGCUCAAGCAUGCCAUGCGUGCACUGCUGUUACUCAUCUUUUUUAUAACGAUAAUUACACACAAGCCUACCUUGCCAAUUUAGAUGUUAUGCACAAAAUUGUCUUGGAAAUUCCAGAUGAGACCAGUUUAAAUAAUUUAUCUUUAAUAUUGACAAAUGAGAACAUCCAUCAUAAACUCUGGAUUGAACAGCCUGAAAAUAUUCCAACAUGUUUAGUAACAAAACCUUACCCAAAGGAUAAAGUACAAUCAUAUUUUAAGAAAUAUAAGUUACUUAAACUGUAAAAAGAUAUAAUUUUGAUUAUAUAAUUAUUUUAUAUGCUAUUUUCUUCUACAUUGUACAUUAUAAUCAAUCAUAAUAAAACUAAAUAUUAUAAAAUAAUAAUUAAUAUAGUACUAUGUAUAUUUUAAGAAAUAGUCAAUAUAAAGUUUCAAUAUCUAAAAGAUUUUUAUUAGAAAAACUUACAAAAAAAAAAGAGAAUUUCAAAUUCAGUUUAGAAAAAGAUAGCAUUAACACGUAUUCAAUUAUCAAGUAAUAAAUUAAUCUCAUAAAUUUAUAAAUUUUCCCUUUUUUAUUUUUUAUUUUUAUAUAUAUAUAUAUAUAUAUAUAUAUAUAUAUAUAUAUAUGUAUAAGUAGGAAUCAAUUCCAUCUCAGGGAUUUGCUAUACGCCAAUAUGAAAACGAUAGAUAUAUACUUAUU